AUGGCUUCGACCAUGGACGAUUUGUUGGCAGCUGCAGGUCGGCUGAACAUCAAGCUGGACGAGGCUGAGACCGAACAAUAUGCCCAACUUCUGAAACGUAUGAAGGCAGCAUUGGAAACGGUGUCACAGCUAGAGGGUCAUUAUCAACCGACGCCAGACCUGGUGGCAACUCCCAGAAACAAACUCUACCUGCCUAAGCCAGAGGAGAACCCUCUCGGGGCAUGGGCCUGGAGAUUUGAAUGCGCAAAGGCCAACCCUUCAUCCAGCUUACUCGAGGGGCGGACCGUGUGCUUCAAGGACAAUAUCUGCGUCGCCGACGUCCCUUGCCUAGUGGGCACCGAGUCAUUCACCGGUUGGGUUCCAAAAACGGACGCGACGGUAGUGACGCGAGUCCUCGAUGCCGGGGCCAUCAUUACGGGAAAGGCAGUCUGUGAGAACCUGUCUCGAGGUGCGGUCAGCAACACCGCCGCCACAGGUCCCGUGCACAACCCGUAUGCUCGAGGCUAUUCUUGCGGAGGCAGCAGUUCGGGGACGGCGGCAUUGGUGGCAUCGGGCGCUGUCGAUUUGGGCGUUGGAUGCGACCAGGGCGGCUCAAUCCGAAUCCCUGCCAGUCUCUGUGGCCUUUACGGCUUCAAGGCCACCACUGGACUGGUGCCGUACACGGGCAUUGCCAGUAACGACGCCAGCGUAGACAAUGUCGGCCCCAUGACAACGACGUGCCUUGACAACGCAAUCAUGUUGGAAGCGAUUGCGGGCGUUGAUGGGCUAGAUGACCGGCAAAUCGCAGGGACCCCCUUUCCUAAGAAUGUGCCAGCAUACUCCCAGAUCUUGCGAGAUACAAAGGAGCAGGGCGUGAAAGGGAUGAGAAUCGGCCUGCUCCACGAAGGCCUCACGUCUCCCGUAAUGGACGCAGAGAUCGCGAAGAAGUUCCGAGCAGCGGUGGCUGUUUUUGAGAAACUAGGGGCCAACGUCGAAACCGUGUCCGUCCCAAUGCAUGCCAGCGCUCGACAGGUCUACUCUGUGCUCACCAAAAUGGGAAACCACAUAGGCAUGCUGGGCCGGGCGACGGGGCGACGACAAGUGAUGCUCACCGAUCUCUUUGAGAAGAAAGCCCUGCCUUACACGCAACAAUCGUGGGAGAAGUUGAGCGCAAUGAGCAAAGAGGGCCUGUUCUCCGGCGAAUAUGCCUGGCAAGAAUACCCCACUGCAUAUCCCAAGGCCGUCAAUCUCGCACGCAAACUCACCCAUGCCUACGACGAAGUGCUCUCGAGGUACGACUUGUUGGUCAUGCCAACCACACUGACGCCCGCGGAUCCGUUGCCCCCGGUGAACGCCACUCCAAUGGAACACAUCAUGGCCUCGACUGGCAAAACGGAGAAUACAAGCCCAUUCAACAUCACCGGUCAUCCUGCUCUGGCGGUCCCGAUCGGCUUCGUCCCAUCACACGCCAACCCGAACAUAAAAAUUCCCGCAAGUAUGCAGAUUGUGGGAAAGUUCUGGGACGAGGCAACAAUCUUCAAAGCAGCGUAUGCCUGGGAGAAUCAUGUCGAUUGGAAGAACUUUUGA